AAAGGCAGCCAGAUCGAAGCAGCUUGUAAGAACAUGGCAGCAGUAAAAGCAUGCAAUAUCUUGAUCACCGGAGCCAACCGGGGUUUGGGCUUAGAAACCGUUAAACAACUCACAGAGGACUCUUGGCCAAAACGUCGUAUUUUUGCUACCUGCCGUGACCCAGAUGGGCCAAAGUCUGAGGCAUUAAGAGAACUGGCAAAACAGCAUCCAAGUGUGAUCACCAUCAUACGUCUUGAUGCUGAUGAUCCAUCCAGUGUCAAAGAGUCUGCAAAGAAAGUGGGAUCUCUUCUGGGAAACAGUGGUUUGAACCUGCUUGUGAAUAAUGCUGGAAUUGUGGCAAAGGGCACCAUUCAGACCAGCAGUCCUGAAGACAUGAAAAACACCUUCAACACCAACGUGAUAGGACCCUUAUUAGUCAUUAAGGAGUACCUACCAUAUCUACAAGCAGCGGCCAAAGCCAGCGGGACACCAGGCAUGUCCUGUAAUAAAGCAGCUGUCAUCAAUAUCUCCACUAUGGGGGGAUCCAUCAGCAAAAUGCCUUCCUUAUACGAACAAUUUCCAGUGUUGCCAUAUUGUGUUAGUAAGGCAGGUUUAAACAUGCUGACUGUGUUAGCUGCUGAGGAGUUAAAGGCUGAUGAAAUCCUCUGCAUGGCCCUUCACCCAGGAUGGGUGAAAACUGAUAUGGGUGGAGAAAAAGCACCACUUGAACCAAAAGAAAGUGUGGAGGGGAUGCUGCGUGUCAUUGGGAGCCUCACUGAGAAGCAUCACGGAGGAUUCCUGGACUACACUGGAGAAACAAUUCCCUGGUAAACCAGAAGAACAAAAUCACUUCUAUACGAGAGGACUUGAAAGGGCCUGUCCUGAUCUAAUCUGCCCUGUUUAUUCUAUUAAUCAUAAAAUGGCAUACUUAACCCUUUCACGCGUGAGUUUAAAAUAUUCUAGCUGAGCCCCCAGCGUGAGUUUCUUAGGCGACUGUUAUUUUAGAAUGUACCACUUUAUUGUUUCCAUUGCUUUUAUUUCGUUUUUUCUUGUUUUAUCCAAAAUAUUUGCAAACAUACUAUAUUAUCAUGAUAUAUCAUGAAAGGCAAUCAAUUAUGUCUUGAGGUUUAACGCAUCUCGACAAAAGUUCAAAAUCGGUCCAGUCAGACCUGAACGUCCAUAAAACUUUUUAAAUCACAUGUACAUCACAAACAAGAACGCAAUAUUUGAUGACAUAAAGAAAAAAAGAACCAUAUUCUGAUUUGGCACAUUUUAUUGUUAUUGAACAGUUAUGCAUCUGUUAACCAAACUAAAAUACCAAUUACACAAUACUGAAUUAUUAUAUAAUUAUAUAUUUUCACCCAAAAUGGAAAUUCUGUCUUUUACUCACCCUCAUGUUUCAAACCUGCAUACCUUUCUAUGUUCUGCUGAACACAAAGAUAUUUGGAAGAACGUUUGUAACCAAGCAGGUCUCACAACCCAUGAACUACCAUUUUAGGAAAAAUGAUCUGCUUGGUUUGGUUUGCUGGGAAGGAUCAUUAUUGCCUUUUUCCAUAGACAUCAGCAUGUAUUUUACAAACUGUGAAUGUAUGGUUUUGCUAGUACUUAUGUGUAUUUAAAUGUCUGAAACCUCAAUAAGCAUUACAUGGUUGAAAACACUGAAUAUUUGUGAUAAUAUGACAAGCGCAUAUGACAAUCAUAAAGGACUUAACCCCACACAUUUAUGACAUACAUAUAACAACUUUGUAUCAAAUGAAAUGUUAUUCAAUAAAACAGUUUAUGAAGAAAAUAAA